AUGCAAACCAUUCAGACGAUAGAGAUGCAGUUACCUGUCCUGCGAGAGAGUUUCCACUCCUCUCCCUUCAGAGAAAGAGUGAAAGAACGGAGGAAGAGCAGCCUGACAAAUCUCAUCAGAAGACAACAGCAACAGUUAUUACUCCAGCAACAACAAUCAGAAUUACAUCAGAAGCAACAGCUGUUCUCACCCUCACAGGGCCACACUGCACAUGCUCAAUUGGUCCGCUCUUCCAGCAGCCCGUUAUGUGACCUGGCAGAGCAAAUAGAUGAGCAAGAGAAAGUGAAAGAGAUUGGGAGGCAGGGGGAGCUGUCUCUCAGACAGUCCUCGGCUACGGCGUCACAGCCUGCAUCAUCAAAGCAGCUGCUGCCGACGGUGAAGAGAGAGAGAGAGGGAUUAGAGAGGGAGGGGGAGAAAGUGCAAGGGAGUGCGGAGAGGGAGAGAGGAGAGAAGAGAGAGCAGCACAGAGAACGAGAAAGUCAGUCCUAUCACACGCGUUCCCAGCAUGGCCUGAUUGCUAAAGGUGUUCGCCUUCUGAGGAACAUGGGAAACCAGGAGGCCAAGCAGAAGAAGCCCACUGUCACGACAGGAGUGGAAGGUGCUGGGAACGGGGCGAGCACCGAGGACCGAGACCAUGAACAUCUCAAGAAGAUUAAGAAAAGUAAAUUGUCGGGCGACUCGGGCAAGAAGAAAUCCAAAUCGGAGGGCUCCAAAGGUUCUGUAUUUUCCAACAUCCGUAUCAGAAAGGGCCUCUCCCGGAAAGGGUUGUCCAAAGAGGAUGUACUGGACGAUGGGAUUAGGAUUAAGAACAUGGAUGCUAACGGCAGCAGCAAUGGUGGAAUAUCGGGUGAUGAGCUGGAGGGUCUCACGCCUGACAGUAAGCAACUCACGGCCGAAAGCAGGCAGUCAACUCUGGACACGACAGAAGAUGAUGCUGAGAGAGAGACUGAGGGAUCAGGGUCAGAUACAGACCUCUACAGCUACCACUCAGCCGCCGAGGCUCAAGAUCUGCUGUCGGAUAUUCAGAGUACUAUCAGACAACAGCAGCAGAUGGAGGGAGUUGCUGAGGGGCAAAACUGUAGUGGACAAGUAGGGUCUGAAGGCCAGACUGAGGUCACUCAGGGUCUUACUUGUAGUAGCCUUGCUUGUAUGGGCGAACCAGAGAAGGUAGAAGGUGUAUCUGCAUCUGACAGCAAAGAACAAGAUCUUAAAUACAGUGGGGAUACAGUAGAAGGGGUGAUUACAACACUAAAGGCAGAAUCAGGUGGCGAAGUGACUGGUGUUGCAAAUAAAGCUGAACUUUUAAGCAAUUUGGCCAUUGACUAUUACAUUCAGGAUAGUAUCAGUGACACAAGUAGUGACCAGGAUACCAUAGCUGUUACCAAAUCAACCAGUAACUACAGUUUUCAGGAUACUACAACAACAUCCACCUCCUAUGAGAGUGCCGAGGAGAUCCUGGAGAGUUCAUCUCUAUCGUCUACUCUUGAAGAGUUUCAUUAUGGUAGCAACAGUCUGACUCAAAGCUUAGAAGUUGGUCUCAAUUCAAGAAAUCAGACCAGCUCAACGUCCAAAAUCAGCCGGGUCAUUUUCGUCCCACAGAAGAGCAUUAGUAGUGUAGAGCUGAACGUAGAGGGUGAUGGUCAUGUAGAGGAGGUAGAUCGAGAGUAUUCCCACCAACAGAGAAGGAAAAGCAGUGCGGCGUCCAUCACACAGUGGUCAUCUGAGAACUUUUUAGGCUUGGGGUCACGACCACGUAGAACUUCCAGUGCUAACCUCGGGGUUAAACCUUAUCCUACAGUACACACUUCUUAUGUUAAAACAACCACCAGACAGCUCACAUCACCUAUAAUAUCUCCACUGACCACUCCGUCCCUAAGCCCAAUGUGUCCUCGCAGGGUCGGCUUAGAGUUGGGCUCAGGUCAAGGGUCAUACAGAGCAGGAAGCUGGAGAGCACGGAGACAACGUUCCUGUAGCAUCGCAGGUCCGGUGGGUUGUCAUGAAGAAUGGUGUGAAGCCAUACAUGAUCAAUCAGAGCUUAUUGAUCAUGGCUUCCAAACCCUCAGAUCCAGGCAAACACCCUCCGCCUUUCCAGAUGUGUUUUCAGGUCGCUCUCUGUUCGAGAAGUGUCUUGUACAGUGGGGUUGUUCUGAAGAUGACAGUGCUGUACAAGAUGUUGAGAGAUUCUGUUCCCAUAUUUUGGCUUUGGGGAUUCUACAGCCUUUCAGUGACUGCAUCAGGGAACCACCCACAGGAAGUGAUGUUACAGAUAAGCCCAUUUUUAAUAAGGAGCAGCUGUAUACCUGGGCUCCAAUGGGACAGAAUGAGAUCAGAACACCUGGGCGGUUCCAAACUAUGUGGCCUCCGAGUCCGUGCCCCACUGUUGCACAGGGGCAAGUAUGUGAACAAGAUGGAUCCACAGGGCAAUCUGGAAUCAUUCCGGAAGGAACUUCCGUUUCCAUUCAGGAGCUAGAGCGAACAAUUGAAGAAUUACUUGUGAAAAUAUCAGAUAUGGAAAAAGACAAUUAUGUUUUGGAUGCCACAAAGCUUGGAACGAGGGAUCGAGAAGUGGGUGGUUUCAAUCAAACCAUUAAACAGACUAAAGUAAAUGAACAAAGAGUUCUGCACCACGUGAAAGCCAUUCAGACCUCGCCUGUCGAGGAAGCCUUUAAAUUUCCAGUGCCUUUAUCAGACCAAUCGCAUACUCCCAAAUUAAGUGACACCGCCACUUCACCAGUGGGAUUGCCCAAUACCUGUAGCUGCCAAAGAACACAGGAAAUCCCUCCCCCUGCACCACCAGCACCACUUCCUAUUGUUUCAGGUUUACCGACACCUUCAAAACAAGAUGCAUCAAUACCUCCACCUCCUCCACCUCCACUCCCAGGUAUGACUCCGCUCCAUCUGUCUUUCCCAGGUACGCCUCCACCCCCUCCACCUCCACUUCCAGGUAUGGCUACGCUCCAUCCGGCACUCUCAGGUACAGCUUGUUCCCCUCCACAACCUCUACUCCCAUGUAUGGCUCUGCCCCCUCCACCGCCCCCGCUCCCAGGUAUUGUUCCACCGCUUGCACCUGUGGGCAUGGCUCCUCCUCCUCCUCCUCCUCCACUACCAGGCAUGGCUCCACCCCCUCCACCUCCACUCCCAGGUAUGGCCCCACUCCCUCCUCCUCCACCUCAUGGCUGUGGACUUCCACCUCCUCCUCCUCCACCUCCUGGGUGUGGACUCCCACCACCCCCUCCUCCACCUGGUUUUGGACCACCACCACCAUUCGGUCCCCCUCCACCCUUCAUGGGGUUGGUGCCGUCUAGCAUGACUCAGGAGUCUGUCCCCCUGAAGGCUGUCAUCGAGCCUCCACGGCCCAUGAAACCACUCUACUGGACACGGAUUCAGCUACAUGCCAAAAAGGAUGCCAAAAGUGCCCUGGUGUGGGAAAAGGUUCAAGAGCCAUCAGUAGACUUUGACGAAUUUGUGGAGCUGUUUGCCAAAAGCGCAGUCAAGGAAAAGAAGAAACCUAUCUCAGAUACCAUAACAAAAUCAAAGGCCAAACAGGUUGUCAAGCUGCUGAGUAACAAACGUUCUCAGGCGGUGGGGAUUCUGAUGUCCAGUCUUCAUUUAGAUAUGAAAGAUAUUCAGAAUGCCAUCUUGAACAUGGACUGCACCGUGGUGGAUCUGGAGACGCUCCAGGCGCUGUAUGAAAACAGAGCUCAGAAAGAAGAGAUGGAUCAGAUUGAGAAACAUAUCAAGUCUUCAAAAGAUAAAGAAAAUGCAAAACCACUGGACAAGCCUGAACAGUUUCUGCUGCAGUUGUCAGUGGUUCCUCAGUUCUCGGAGCGGGUUUUCUGUAUUCUCUUCCAGUCCACCUUCACAGAAUGUGUUACAUCAGUUCAGCGCAAGCUUGAAACACUGCUGAGAGUCUGUACGGCUCUACAAUCAAGUCAAGCCGUCCUGCAGGUUCUAGGUUUGGUUCUAGCAUUUGGGAACAUUAUGAACGGGGGCAACCGGAGCAGAGGACAGGCAGAUGGAUUUAACCUAGACAUCCUACCCAAGUUAAAAGAUGUCAAGAGCAGUGCUAAUUCUCAGAGCCUCCUGUCCUACAUAGUUGCUUACUAUCUGCGACACUUUGAUGAGGAUGCAGGUAAAGAAACAUCCCUGUACCCACUUCCAGAGCCUCAGGAUCUGUUUCAGGCUUCGCAGAUGAAGUUUGAGGAUUUUCAACGUGACCUACGCAAGCUACGGAAAGAUCUGAAGGCCUGUUCAGCAGAAACAGAAAAGGUGUGUAAUGUCUCGUCUGAGGAGCACCUGCAGCCCUUUAAGGACAAAAUGGAAGAAUUUCUCACUAGAGCCAAAGCAGAGCUGGAGCUCCAGGAAAAACAGCUCGCUGACGCGCAGAGGAUUUUUCUGGAGCUGAGCGUGUUUUUCUCAGUCAAGCCUAAGGCGGGAGAGAAGGAGGUUUCUCCAAACACAUUCUUCACAGUGUGGCACGAGUUUUCGUCAGAUUUUAAGGAGCUUUGGAAGAGAGAGAAUAAAUGCCUAUUGCAGGAGCGGUUGAAAGCUGCAGAAGAGACUUUCAAACAAGCACGAGAGAAGGCUACCUACAACGUCAAACCUAAACAUGCAUCAGGGAUAAAAGCCAAGCUGGGACAGAAGAUGUGAAUUUCUGCUGUGCUGAAUUCAACAAAACUCCUUGUUUGCCCGGUUCUUUCUUUAUUUUUCUACUUCACAAGUUACUUCAAUAUAAGAAUAAUAGCCAUGAGAAGAUUUGCAUUAUUUUAGUACAUGAACGUGGUCAGAAUUUUGUAAUUUCUGUGGUUUCAUAUGAAGACAAUCAAAGCUUAAAGUGCCCAUAUUAUGAUCAUUUACAAGUUAAUUUUUUAUUUUUGCAGUCUACUAGAACACAUUUUGGUUAAAAAAAACAACAUUAUUCUCAUUUCUCAUACAUUGCUGUAGCACCACUAUUUUCACUCUCUGCCUAAAACACUCUCUCUUUUACUUCCUGUCUCUUUAAAGCCUACUAUUCCAAAAAGCCCAGUCUGAUUUUGGUCUGCUGGUCAACCGCUUGUAGCAUGUCAGAAGUGUAACUUUACAGUUUUCAGCUCCAACUGUGGCGUCUUUGUUGGAAGUCCAUGCUAAUUGUUCUUUGAGGGUGGGCCAAAGCAAGCCAGUCUGUGAGCAUUAUGUAAAUGUAUAUCAUGGUGACAUACUGUAGAAGCUAAGUCAUGAAAUAAUGGCAGGACAACAAACGAGGCGUUUCAGGCAAGUGUUUUCUGUUAAGAGAGAUUAACUCCCUUUGGCAUGGACUUUGUGCUUUGUAAUUUUGCAGAUCGUUUACAUGCACAAACAGCUAUAUUACACAGUAAAGGAAAUGUAAAAUAAAAAAAGGAUAAUGCCAUAGGUUCACUUUAAAGCCAUACAUUGAAACAGUCUAGCCACUAUUUUACAACAGCACGUUGAAUAUUUAGUAUAGUGUGAAUAGUAUACACAAAACCUUUAUUUUCAUAUCUUCUGUCAAGAAAGUACCAAAAGAUCUAUUGUAACCUGUGUAUGUAAUUAUCAUAAAAUAGCACUCUUAUUUGUAGGUGAAAGCCACAAUAUGUAAUGAACUGGCAGAUAAAUAGUGGAUUUCAUACAGGUUGACUAAUUAAACAAUCUGCUUCUAAAUAAUGUUUGUUUAUGCUGAACUGGCAGUGACAGUUAAGAAAAUGGAAUAAACUGAAUACAUAAAGAAAUGGCAAUAUCGAAUAUAAUAUCUGACUAUGUGACCUGUGUAAAGUCAUGAAACUUCAGCUGUCUUAUUCUUUAAAUGGAAAUUUGAUAAUAUUCUGCGUCCAUAGUUUCCUCUACACGUGUUUAUAUACUUCAGUCUAUGAAAUUGACACAGAAUUGAGUGAUAUGUUGUGAGUUUCUCUGUUCCAACUGAACUGUGAGGUGUUUAAUGAACGGUUGUUGAGAAACAUAUGCAAAUAUUAUGAUUUAUGACUUAUACUAUUCUUUAUUUUGUGUGUACAGCUGUUGUCAGUAGUUCAAUAACCUUUAAUUUACCUAAAUGUAUUUUCAAUUAAAGAAGCUGACAGCUUUAUAGCUCAUGCGUGAUCAUUGCUGUGCUAUUCUGAAAUGAAGAAUUGAAGCAGCUGCCGUAUGAAUAAUUUCCAUGUCCUUUUGGAGAAACUGGAGAAACGUACAAAAUUGCAUAGAAAAAAAACAAAAAAAACAAAAGUCGUAUUGUAACGUGAAAUAAUAGAUUUAUUUUUAGAAGACAUGUUUAUUAUAUAUUUUACAUAUAUUCAUAGAUUUUCUAUGGUUGCUUUGUCAUAUAAUUUCCUUUAUCUACACAUUAUUUGCUAUUUUGUUAAAGCUGCAGUCCGUAACCUUUUUGGGUUAAAAAUGAUCCGAAAUCAAUAUUUGAGCUAGUACAUAACCAGCCAGUGUUCAAAACUAUCGCCUUACUUUAGCCCGAUUCACAACGGUUAGCUUAUAAUAAUGUUUUCUAAUUUGAGUGGUACGGGUAGGCCUUCGCGGGAAAUUCGAGCAUGGCACUGCGUCAUUACGUCACAUCUGUAAACAUAAAGAAGUUGUCCCGGCUACUAGGCUAUCGCAUGUGAGGAUCCUGCUGGUGGCGGAUCAUUUAGCCUUUUCUCACAGCAGCUGGAAUAAUUAAAUGUAUCAUUUUGAUGGCGGAUUGUAAUCCAGAAAGGAUUAUGUGUUUAUAAAACACAUGUGAAUGAAAUUAAAUUAUAUUCCAGUUUAAAAUGUGCAUUUGAUUACAGAUUAGCCUGGGAUUACACAAGAUUUGUAUUUUAAAGAAAACCAGUUGGAAGGGAGAAUAAUUUGCUUUUUGGGUUAAAAGAAUUUAGAAUGGCAUGACAAUUAGAUAUUAGACUGUACAGAAAUUGAAAUCUAUACGUUAAUACACUCGUUGUUAACAUUAAUAAUUUGAGAAUAAAGUAUAACAAUAAAAAUAAUUUGCAUGGUUUUAUGUGAUAUGAGCUAACCGAUCUUUAGAUUUAAUUACCAUUGAUAGCGCGAUUUAUGGCAAUGCUUUUUUCCUCAGUUGGUCAGAACAAAUGUGGCAGACUUGUUACUUACUUGUUUAGAUGGCAAUAUACGGUGAAAAUUCUUAUUUGGGUCAUAUAUUCCAAGACAUAGGCUAGAAUCUGUGACAUAGUAAGUAUAGUAAAUAUUCACGGUGACUGACUGCCACACAUACUCUUCAGAACAUUAUUCAUCCGCGCUGGAGCCGUGCCAACUCACAACCCAUACAAGCAAGAUAAUUCUGCACUUGGCUGCAAUUCCAGGUUUUCAAACAGAGAUUUGAGGCAAAGAGGCAAAACUUACGGACUGCAGCUUUAAAUAUUGUCAUUAAUGCAAACGUGUCUGUUAGACUUUAAGGUAAAGAUUUAAACCAUUAUGUAUCUCAGUUUAUGUUGUGCACAUGACUCAUCAUAACAACGGUAAGGCUCAAACUCUUUACGGGCUUGAUCAAAGUCAGCCCAGACUUUGAUGAACUGAAACCAACGGCAUCAUUUCCAUCGGAUACAGCAAAGAUAAUGGCAGCACCAAGUCAAAAUAUAGUUUAUCCCCAACUGACAGCCUGUCCUUAGUCAA